AUGGGUAAUCUGAUGUCAACUUCGUUUGCUCCAGAGUGUACGGACCUGAAGCAGAAAUACGACGCGUGUUUCAACUACUGGUAUACAGAAAAGUUCCUCAAGGGCAAGAGUGUUUACAACGAAUGCGAGGACCUUUGGGCCGACUACAAAGAAUGCAUAGAUAUCCACCUUCAGAAACAGGGAAUCAAACCGAUGCUGGACGAGGCACGCAAAGAGGCACCUUUUGAGAACGGUGGAAUUCCCGUCGAUAAAUCCAACGAAAAAUAA